AUGGACAGGUCGUCCGCCGCGACGUCGGGUGUUGGCGGCGCGCCGGGGACGGUGCCCUGGCCGGCGGAGCUGAGCACCUGGGGCCAGGAGGCCGCCCUGCUGCAGUCACUGGACAGCAUGGGGCCGGACAGCAUACCGGCGUUCAACGAUAGUGCAUUGGAGCGGGUGGGGACAGAGAUAGGGCAGCGGGAGAGGGAAAGGGCCUCACUCCAAAGGAAUGGAGAAAAUGGGACUGACCGAUGGGCAGUCAUCUUCCAGACUGCCUGUCUAAGUCGAUUACGAAGGUGUAGCCAAUUGUACAUCGCGGGGAGGAGGGAACAAAUUGAGACCCUGGUGAGAAAGAAUGUCAAGGUGGAGAAAGAGUUCCUGAGUGAAGCUGAACAGCAGUUCUUAAAUUCGCUGCGUCCCAGGCAUGGGAACAAAUCACACAAUCCCAACGCCACAAAGGCGUGGCACCAAGCCGACGCCGAUGUGGGGGAGCUGAUGUUGGAAGACAUCGCGGUCCACGUCAGCAAGGGGCUCAUUCUCAGGCUGCCCCUAAGCACCGGGAACCUCAUGAGCGCGGAGAAACUGGCCCACAGGGUGCGGCUUCCGCUCAAUGACUAA